AUGCGUGCUCUAACUGCUUCCGUGGUAUUGUACAAUUUCCUCAAGAUUUGCGAUCGCCUCAUCCCCAACGACAACAUGCCCAGUAAUUACACUAUUGAUCUGCUUCUGUGCCACAUAUGGAGGAGUCAUUAUCUCUCUGUCGCUAUUCACACAUUUACGGCCCUACUUCUGAAUUUCACAGUGGGAAACAGGGCGAUUCAAAUUGUCUUGAGAUACCAGCACUCCUAUUCGUCGUCUCGCAUUGCCGAUCUUGCCUACCUGGGAGUCCUGGCUGUCGUUAGCCUCGUCUUCAUGCUUCCCCAGGCCUAUAAAACGCAUUUGGACACUGAAGGUUGUCGUUGUCAUGACGAAUAUGUGCCCUAUAUUGAACUUGUUGCCGUUUAUACCAAAACGUUCGUUCGCUUUGGCUUAACGGCUAUCAUUAGCACCAUCAUUCUGGGCAUUUCAUGCUACAAGGUUAUAUUCUGGGUGCAAACUUCACCAGCUGAGCAACUGUCGGACACAUGGAACAGUCUGGCGUUUGCCAGCUCUACAAAGGAUCAGAGGCAGGCAUUCAGUCAACCUAAAGGUUGGAUGACAGCGUCUCUCUGUAUUGUACCAUUUUCGGUAAACUUUCUUCUUAUCAGCAUAUACGACACAGGGUACAAGUUU